UUUCAAGUGUUGCUCCGCGUUCACUGGAUUAGGCCUACGCUGAGUGUCUCCGGUGGCUUCUCUGUUCGCAUUGAAAUUCGACGUAAAAUUACUAGCGUGUGCGUUUUUAAUUACCACGGAAGUGUCAUGAUACGUCACUAGGCACGCCUUCGCAAGUCACGGACACAUCUGGACGAGGACAAUAUGUUUAUAUCCGUAAAGAUUCUCCAGGGCCAAGAAUGCACAAUAGAGGUAUCUGCCAGUUCUUCCAUAAGCGCCGUCAAGCAGCUAGUAGCCCAAGAAUUGCAAAUUCCGGUGGACCAGCAGCGCCUUGUGUUCAGAGGAAAGACCCUGUCUGAUGGCCUCUCCCUCGAAGACUACAACAUUGAGGAAGGCAACCGGCUGCACCUGUUUGUUCUAAAGACGGCCGAGGACGCCGCCCUCGCCUGGGACCAGAUGCGGAAGUUCCUGCUCUCCCAGUUCUCCCCAGAGGACGCAGAGAAAGUGUUAGAAGAAUACAAGAAGGACUUUUCCCGAGCGGCCGCCAGCCUGAGCCUGGACGACAUCGAGAGACUGGCAAGCGCCGGUCUCGACACCACCACCUCAACCACGUCAGCAACCGGCGGCGCGCCCACCCGACCUCCCGGGCGGGAGAGUGACGGCGCGGUCGGUAUGCUCGUGGUCAACAGCGAGGACAGUGCCGCUUCCUAACGAGAAUGCUUUCCCGUUCCACCACCUCCCAUAUUCCUCCUCCUAAAAAAAGAAGAAAUAUAUAUAUUACAGUCUUCACGUUUUCCUCGUCGGACAACCGAGGAAGCCCCGUCCUGAUUCGGCGCGCCGCCGCUUUUGCAUUCAUUGGCCUGCGAAGGCCGUCGGCCGUCAAGGCAGUUGUUGCGCCUACCGUUUUGCGACGCCGCUUGGAACGGAGAGAAUCAUUUUGGCAAACUCUGGACGGGAAACCAAACGGUGCAGCGUUUGUCGUCGUCGUCGGCUAAGUGGCGUCAGGACGGGCAACAACAGGUAGAAGAGGGACGGCGACGAGAGCUCUGCCUGGGAUGUGCGAACCUCUUGACCCCGCAUCACUUUUUCUUCUCGUUGCUUUUCAAUGUCGGUUCAUUUCUUUUUUUUUUUAUUUGAGUGUGUGGAGAGAAGUUUCCUUUGUGCCGGGGGAUGGGAGAUAGUAGCGGCGGAGCAAACUGGGAAGUCGGAAUUUGCCUGCUUAGAGCUGACGAGUGUGGGAUCGGAGCUGCGGAGGGCGAGAAAUGUGGCGACGUCGAAACGACAGUCUCGCACGAGGCACCGGGCUACCUCGGGCACCAAAGAAAAGACAACGUUCGCAAAAUUUCCAGGGAGCAAAUGAGGUGCAUUUUAUUUGUUUGUUCCCCUCGUGCUGAGAGUAGGGGAGAAAUCGAUGCAACAGUUGUGGGCUGUACGGAGGCAAUGAAGGUAGGCAGCAGGUUGUAUUUAUGGUCUGCAGAUUUGUCAUCAUUGUUGCUUUUUUUUUUUUUUUUUUUUUUUUACUGCAGGAGAGAACAAAGUGCUACCUACUACCUCCGUUCUGUACAUAAGCCUGUACUUUAUUUGAUCCCUCAGUAACUCGUGUAACACAUCACAUCUUGCAGAGCUGCUGUCGGAGACUCAAAUGGCUUUUUUUUCUUUAACCAGUUGAAGGAGGCGUGGCUUGACCACCGUUUGCGGCACAUACUGCACCAAGAGGUGCACUCGCAACCGGUUAGUCUGGGCACCUGGUAGUCUUGGAUACAUGGGUGGACCAGCCGUGGAUGUGCGGCAAGGGAGUCUAUGCCAAAAGUGCAGCUUAGGAAUUUGAAACUGACUUGUAUGUCUCGGAGGGCCUAUUUAUUGGAUACUGUACACGGUUUAUCCUACAAAGACAUCAGUGUAUGCAUCUCUUUGUUUUCCAUGUAACCUCAUGUUUCUCUGCUGCAUCCAACACUUCAUAAUUAUUGGAAGACUACUAAAUACAGUGUCGCGGUGCCGUCACAGAUGUUCAACUUAGCGUCAUUGAUGCCACGGAAGCUUGAGGCAAAGAGAAAUGUGCCGACAUAAUAUUUAAGACAUUCCGAGCAGGCUGCAAUGAAACCGAUUCGUCGACUCUUGUAUUUGGCUUUUCCACGUUGUGGCAGAAAGUGCGACACGAGGCUGUCCUGAUAUGCAGGACUUGCUGUGAAUGGGCGCACUUUUGCUGCUGCUGCCACGGGUUCCCUACACGUUUCUUGUGUAUAUGGUUUCGAUAGUUCAAUAAAACCUGACAAUUUUUUGUGCUAUA